UAUAGUUUCUUCGUGGCUUUGUUGUCUAAACCUCUACUUCCGAGUUUCUUCCAUUACUACAGUAAUUGUAUCAAAGCAAAUUCAAACAUGGCGUGGCGUUGCGGAUCUCUCUCGAGAUCGAUAUUCUCCGCAUCGAGAACAAUACCAACUCGUUCCUCACCAUCUCUUCAACGUUCUUCUUCGUCUUUACUUCGCUCUCAUCUUCUCCACCCUCGUCGCCCCCUUGUUACUGUCCCUAGGACUUUGGGAAUUCUCGGUUGCACGCAGUCGUUGAUGCCGCUGCAUAACGCUGACGCCGCCGCUCGUCUCACUUCUCACAUUUCUGUCGAGUUGCGCGCUUGCUGUGAAUUGUCUCAGGGUACUUGAUAGGAUUUUACAAUCAGCACUGGUUGUGCUUACAUGUAUGGUUGGACCUAAAUAUGAUGGCUAAUGCUGUGAAGCAAGAAGCUUGUUGAUUCAAUUAUUGAUCUCUUUUAUCAAAGCUGUUGGUCUAGGUGAUUUUGAGAAGCAUUUUUAGUAUUUAUCAUUUAAGUCUAAAUUAAAUAAGUAUAUCUAUCUAUUCUUUUAUAAACAUUUAGAAAACAUUUCAAGCUAAUUGAAGGAUAUCAACUUUGUUUGUUGUCUUUGUAUCAUCAGAUAAUAAUGACAAUGCAGUCCUAGCUGAGACUAAGGUUACAUUGAAAUUAAUUGGAUGUAUAGAUUUUCAUAGUUGGUAGUGUCUCCCCGUCAUAUGAGCAGUUGCAAUGGUUUUGUUUUUGAUAAAAAAUGAAAUGUUUUAUAAUUUGGUUGAAUUA